AUGGAAUUCCAAGCCCUCGUGAGAUAUGAACACCAAGGGAGUGUAUUUUACGGCAAUCUCGUACGAACUAGUGAGUUUGGUUACACUAUCGAGCGACUGCACGGGAAUCUAGAUGUCGGACUAGAGAGGACAAACAUCAGAGACACGGCGGUAAAACUGCUUUGCCCGUUGGAAAGAACGCCCAUCAUCAUGUGCCUGGGGCUGAACUAUGCCCGAUACGCGAUAGAAUCAAAUCUUCCCGUAUGCGCCUUUCCCAUCAUCUUCACAAAACCACCAGACGCCCUCGCGGGCCCCCAUGAUCCGAUCAUCGUCCACCAUGACGCGCAGGACAAGCUAGACUACGAGGGUGAACUCUGCGUCAUCAUUGGUCGGGACGUUAAGAACGCGACUCUCUACAACGCCCUGGACUACGUCCUCGGGUACGCCGCAGGGAACGACGUGACCGCCCGCAACUUCCAGAUCCCCGGUGCCUCGGGCGGCCAGUACUCCUACUGCAAGUCCUUUGAUGGCUUCGCUCCUAUCGGGCCGGCCAUCUGGUCGCCGAGUGUCGUUCCGGAUCCGCAUGCGUUGCGGUUCCGCACCAGGGUCAACGGUACGAUCGUCCAGGAGACGGAGACGUCUGAUAUGAUUUGGUCGGUGGCGCAGGUUAUCGUGCAUCUGUCGCGAGGGACGACGUUGAGGAAGGGGACUGUGAUUAUGAUGGGCACGCCCGGGGGCGUGGGGUACUCGCGCGGUGUGUUUUUGAAACAUGGGGAUGUUGUUGCAGUUGAGAUUGAUGGUCUCGGGAGGAUCCAGAACGAGAUUGUGUUUGAGGGAAACCAUGUAGCGUAA